AUUCUUGUCUCGACUGUCACUCCACAUCUGCAAGUUAAUGUUUUCGGAUAAUUGUAUGAAAUGAAACGUGUAGCACCAUAGCGCCAGUUUUUUUCUUCUGGUACCGUCGCGUGCGUUUAAGUAUUUACAUUAAAACUACGGUGCCUCCACCUUCUGUCACACACGCACACGGACCACUGUACAGAACAGAUCAGGCGGUGGCCGCGGGGCUGCUCCGACGCACUGGGCUGAAUGGGAGAGGUGGAGUCUCCGUCCAGUUCCUAUGGGGACGGUCUCGAGGGGGGAAAGCCCUGGUGAGAAGAACCAGUCUCGGUGAAGCCCAGCUCCGUGUGGCUGAGCUGUCCUCCUCCGAAGGAUCCCGAAGAGCGUAGGACGACGACUCUGCACCGUUAUUCGGCCACAGAGGACGCCUUCCUGUCGGAUCCGUACUGUCGGAUCGAUCCCUUCGUAGGUCCGCCUGCCGUAUCAGUCCCCUCUGAGGUCCGCCUGCCGGACCAGUCCCCUCGGAGGUCCGCCUGUCGGACCAGUCCCCUCGGAGGUCCGCCUGUCGGACCAGUCCCCUCGGAGGUCCGCAUCUCGGAUCAGUCCCCUCGGAGGUCCGUCUGAGGUCCUGGUCAUGGAGAAGUACGAGAAGAUGGGGAAGAUCGGGGAGGGCUCGUACGGCGUGGUGUUCAAGUGCCGGAACAAGGACACCGGACAGGUGGUCGCCAUCAAGAAGUUUGUGGAGUCGGAGGACGACCCGGUGAUCCGGAAGAUCGCCCUGCGCGAGAUUCGGAUGCUCAAGCAACUGAAACACACCAACCUGGUCAACCUGCUGGAGGUGUUCCGUCGUAAGAGGAAGCUGCACCUGGUGUUCGAGUACUGCGACCACACGGUGCUGAACGAGCUGGACCGCUACCCUAGAGGGGCUCCAGAGCAGCUGGUCAGGAACAUCACCUGGCAGACACUACAGGCCGUCAACUUCUGCCACAAACAAAACUGUAUUCACAGGGACGUGAAGCCUGAGAACAUUCUCAUCACCAAGCACCAAGUCAUCAAACUCUGCGACUUCGGCUUCGCCAGGAUCCUCACCGGCCCCAGUGACUACUACACGGACUACGUGGCGACCCGCUGGUACCGGGCCCCGGAGCUGCUGGUGGGGGACACGCAGUACGGGCCCCCCGUGGACGUCUGGGCGGUGGGCUGCGUGUUCGCAGAGCUGCUGUCGGGGACCCCCCCCUGGCCCGGGAAGUCAGACAUGGACCAGCUGUACCUGAUCCAGAAGACCCUGGGCGACCUCACCCCCCGCCACCAGCAGGUGUUCAGCAGCAACCAGUUCUUCAGCGGAGUCUCCCUCCCCGUGCCCCUGGACGUGGAGCCUCUGGAGCAGAGGUACGCCCAGGUGUCUCACCAGGCCAUGAGCCUCAUGAAGGGCUGCCUCCGGAUGGACCCCUCUGAGCGACAGACCUGUGAGCAGCUGCUGGAGCACCACUACUUCGACAGCCUGCGGGGGAAGAGCAGCUCAAGGGAGCACGAGCGCGCCACCAAUAAGAGGCCGCGGCUUCCCCGCAAGCACCUCCCCCCAGGGUAUUUGCCACAGCUCACAGGAAGCAGUAUUUUCCCCGCUCUGGACAACAGGAAGUACUACAACAACCUGCGCAAGUUCAACUACCACCUGCCCAACAUCUAAACUGCCUUAACUACCACCUACCAAACAUCUAAACCGGUUCAACUAUCACCUACCCAACAACUAAACCGGUUCAACUACCACCUACCCAACAUCUAAACCGGUUCAACUAUCACCUACCCAACAACUAAACCGGUUCAACUACUACCUGCCCAACAUCUAUACCGGUUCAUCUCCAGCUAACCUGUUCAGACACCUGGCAACUAAAUCAUAUCACUUCCUCUCCACAUCUAAACUGGAUCAACCAGCGGACAUCUAAACUGGUUCCACCUAUCCACUACUGGAUUGACCUACUGUACAUCCAAAGUGGAUUACCCACCUGACAGUUUAAGCGAAUCAGGUACAAGAAACUAAAUCGGUUCUAGUUGGGUUAGCUAACCUGAAGACCUGCUCAGCAUCUCAACUGGAACUCCGCUCCAUGUCUGAGUUUACAGUCAAUACUUUUAACAGAGACCACUUCUUGUCGUCCUCAGGAAAUGACACCUGUGGCACCUUUCUACGGCAAGCAAGAUGGUUCAAUUUCCAGUGUUUUUUUUUUUUUUUUAUAUAUAUACUUUGGGUUUUUGCCGCGUCACUCGUGUGUGACGUCACUCUAUGCACUCUGCCCGAUAGGAACGCUGCCUGUAUUUGGCUGUGGUUGAGUUUCUAUAUGAAACGCUUUCUUUUUACAAUGAGCGAUAAUGCUCUGCUUGUAGGUUUACUCAGUAGACUGGGGAAGGGAGGGAGAGAGAAUACACUGCCUUUACUGUUUGCCAAAUGUAUGUUUUUAUAUAUAAAUAUAACGGACUCUGUAAGAGAGAUGGGUGUUUGGUAAUACGUUUAAUGUUCUAGAGGAUGAUACCGGUUGUUAUAAGUAGUAUCAGGAUUACCAUACAGCAGAGUUUGGACAUUUCAGUUAAAAUGUAAACUUGAACGUAAUGAUCUUUUUGGCGGUUAUUGUGUUCAUGAAACCCUAGUUCAUCUGUGUUUUCCCAUCUCCAUGCCGACUCUCCAGGCCAUUCGUCACUCCACCAAACCAUCAAUCAUUCCAGACCUUCAAACUGCCAUUCUAGAAAACAGGGGAAACGUGGGAAAUCCACUUAUUCAAAAUAAACAUUUAUUUUCAGCCAGGAGGGAAAACAAAUCUUCAUCAGUUCACAAAACAAUUUGCUCAUGUUGUCACACAAUCAACCCUCACAUAUAUACGUCAAUGGUGCUAAAGAACUCAUUUCCCUCUGGCUGUGGAUCAGUUACCAAUGCCAAAUUAAUCUGUAAUCCCUGUUUUCCCCCACAAACCCUUCUUAAAUAUACUCCUAUAAUCUGAGGAUGUACUGCACUUGUAUACCUUAUUACUACUUUGUAUGUUAAAAAUAUAAUAAAACCACAGUAGUUGUGUCUACCAAAGUCUUUGGUGCCCACUUUUCUGUAAAGUGCAGUUCAAAACGCGCCACUAAAAAUAUUCAUCCUUAAAUACUUUCAGAGCAGCUUGGCCAAGCUCUGGUCUCCAUGGCAACUAAAACCACACACGCCG